AUGAGCCAGCAGGGCGCGGCAGGCGCCGAGGAUGCCUCCCAGGUGCUCGCCGCGGCCGCUGGCGGCCUGGAGUCGUUGGCCCUAGGCGGCAGCGCUGGCGGGGAGCGGGCGCCGGGCCCGGGAGCCCGGAGCGGGGCCUCCACGGACGCGGGCAGCACCAUGCGGGGAGGAAGCGCAGCGUCGACGACGCGCCGCCGCGGGGAGCCCCUCUCGACAAGGCCAGGCAAGAAGAAAGCCGCGCGUCCGCGAAGGACGCGUGGGCAGAGAGCGCCAUGCAGAAGUCGCCGAGGCCGCAGCUGGCACCUCCAGGAGGAGGAGGAGGAGGCGGAUGAUGAGAAGAAGGGAGACGGGAGAAGGGAGAGAGGAUGGGGGAAGCCCUCGGCGCAUGAUGGUUGA